AACGAAAUAAUCGAUACGAACAAUGUCCGAGAUAACAGAUUUUGGUCCGAGAAAGACAAUUUUUAUAUUGGCUAUUGUGGCUGGAUGUUUCGCGGUGCUGUGGCCAAAAAUUUUUUACCCCAUGCUUACGGCGUCUGUCAAUUCACACCAUUCAAAUUCUGAAACAUGCUGCGACGUAUUAUUCGAAAGUGAUGUUACUACUUUGGACAUUAUGCAAGAAAUGUGUCAAAAUAUUUUGAGACAUCAUCAAGUUGAUCCACGAUUGAAGGAUGCCUUUAAAACUAAUAAAAUGGCACCACAAAUAGCUAACUUAUGUAGGGAAGAAGUUUUGGCAAGAUGCGGCAUAGAUCUAUCCACAUACCUAGCAGAUAAUGAACGUCUGGGAAAAACUUAUAAACAAGUUUUAGAAGAAAUCAGAUCGUUCAAUGGUUCUAUUUGUCUUAAAUUGAAUUUUGGUAUUCCAUUAUCGCAGUUGGGUACACCACAUCUCAUAAGAUAUCACAUCUUAAUGCCCCAUAGUACUAUAAGACAAGAAAGACGUACUCCACCUCACGCAGGAGGUCUUCAUCCAGCAUUAAGGGAACGUGGAAGAACAAUACCUUCUUCACACAUUGUACCCAAAGUAGUAGACAGACCUGAUCAUGUAAUGCCAAAAAUGAGACCACCUAUGGGAGGAGCUGGUCACGUAGUGCCAGCACCUAAAGGAAAUGGAACUAUGGGAGUUAUUAUGCCUCUCUAUACACUAGGCAUUGUGUUGUUCUUUUUAUAUACUAUUGUUAAGGUAUUAAAGAAGAACUCUGACAGUGAGAUUAUAUCAGAAUAUCCAGGUGCAGCUGCCGAGAAAGAAUUUAGAAAAAUGGUAUUCAAUCCAGAUUUACUUGCUAGUGCAAUGACGGGAGGUACAAUGCAUUACCAAAAAGAACAAUCGCCUUAUAAACCUGCUCCAACUAUAGAGGAGUUGAACAAUCAAGCGGCAGGAGACAUAGAGAUAGAUCAGCUGAGACGUCGUUUGGACGAGACGGAAGCAGCCAUGGAAAGAAUUGUUGUUCAGAUGGGCAACAUAUCACGUUCAGUAAUGCAUAGCCCAAGCUCACAGCCAGAAAUCAAGGAAGACUCUACUGUCCAGGAAAAUUAUAGUAAUGAAGAUCAAGAAGUAGAAAGCAUAGAACAAUCGCCAACAGUUAAAGUUAUGGGCAUGGAAAUGACUGCCAGCUGUGAGGGUGGACAAAAAUGUAGUAGACCUACCACCCCCAUUAUACCCCCGCCAUCCCAUAGUCCCACUGAGAGGGAGAAGACACCACCGGUACCAAUUUAUUUAGAAGGUGCUUUACCUUCGCAAUGUGAAUUACUUGUUACGGAUUCGGAAACUCAAGAACAAAAAACAGAGGAAAGUUCUGAAGCACCUAUCAUUCUCUCAGGCAAAAUGACACUAUCACUCAUCAGUCUCGACCAAAUUGCAGCUGAAUCUGGAGAUGAAAAUGAAUUAAUAGAAGAAACAGAAAGUACUUCCGAUAUAAGAUCAAUGAAUGAAAAUGAACGCGAAGUAAAAGUGCAAGAAAUAACAAUGAAUAAUGAGGAACAAUUGAAUGAUUUUGAGAAGGAAUUACAAUUUAAAUCUAAUUUGAAAUUAUAUAGCUCUGAUGAAAACGAAGAUGACGAAAAAGAAGAAGAAGAACAAGAAGGAAAAGAAGAUGAAGAAGAAGAAGAAUUAGAAUUAGAAUUGGAGGAAACAGAAGAAGAAGAAAAGGAGGAAGAGGAAGAGGAAGAGGAAGAGGAAGAGGAAGAGGAAGAGGAAGAAGAAGAAGAAGAAGAAGAAGAGGAAGAGGAAGAGGAAGAGGAAGAAGAAGAAGAAGAUGAGGAGGAAGAAGAAGAAGAUGAUGAAGAAGAGGAAGAAGAAGAAGAAGAUGAUGAAGAAGAGGAAGAAGAAGAAGAAGAAGAAGAAGAAGAAGAAGAAGAAGAAGAAGAAGACGACGCGGAAGAGAAAGAAGAAGAUGAAUAUGAAGAUGAAGACGAAUACGAAGAGGAACAGGAAGAGGAAGACGAAGAUGAAGAUGACGACGAAGACGAAAAUCAAAUAUGAUAAUGAAGAAGAAGGAAAAA